CUUUCCAAUACCAAAGUUCUACUUGACCAUGGCAGCUUGGCCUUGCCUACCGAAUAAUAUACCGGAUUGCGCAAAAUGCAAGCUUUUGCGGGAGCACAUUGAAGCGUUGAAAGAGGAUGUAACUGAAGAGCGUCGUCUAUUCGAAGAUUUUCAAGAGACAUCACGGGAAUAUGAACAGGAGCUCCAAACCGAGAAUACCCAGCUUCAUAAACAACUAGAGAGUCUCCAGACACGACUGGAAGCAACACGAACGGAUGCUGACGUAUGGAAGCAGCGCUGGCGUAUCGCAAAGCAGGAUGCAGUAAAUGAACUCAACAUUGUGAUUGGAGAACUGGAACGAACUCGAACACAGGAGGAAUGCUACAAGAGGCGGACAGUGGAUUUAGAGAUGGAUAAUGAUUGUCUGGAGAGGGCAGAGCGUGUUGUGAAAUCCAGCAUUCAAGAUCUGGACGCUCGAUACACGGCUCUAUUGGAGGAAAACGUCCUUCUGAAAUGUGAGCUAGAGACGGCCAACGGUUACCGCGACGAAAUCAUCCACUUGCAAGAGGAAAUCCGAGAUUUACAGAUGGAAUUGGGUGUACUGCGUGAUCGUGACCGAGCUCUGGCGACCACGCAUUUCUGGCAAAAUGCAAGUCGCAAUGCCUCCCAAGUGUCCAUUGCAGCCAGUCCGACAGCUCUCAUGCUUCGAGCAUACGGAGUGACAAUGAGUAGAAGAAACUCGUCCGACCUAUCUACCACAACCCUCGCAAAUGCACCUCCAUUGCCAAAUGGAGGAAAAAUAGGAGAUUUGGAUGCCAACAGAUGUGAAUCCGUGGAUUGUGGGGAACGUUUGGCAAGAGUCGAGACAAUUGGUCCUCAUGAUGAAAUCAAGCAUUCGACGAAAGGUCUCAAAAGAAUUCUACGCAAAGUCGGCCCACCGCUUGCUGCAUUGCCCUCCAAGGGAAGAAAGCAGACGCUGAAGGUGAAACGAUAUUUUUCGGUCAAGUACAAGGAACUUUGCAAUAUUAGGUCUGCUGCGUGACAUUGUAUAUUAGGAUAUAAGCGAUUUGUGGUGGUUAGGCUUUCCUUGACUGUACAAAGUAAAUUUGGUGAUAGUGUUCAAGCUUUGAGUCUUUGCUGAUUUUUGCCAAGGAUGAUGGUGGCAGCCGUGAACAAUAGCAAUA